ACUCGGGUCUUCACAUUCGGGUGCCUCCGCCCCACAGGAAGGGCGGAGGGUGGAAAGACUCAGACCCAAUGAAUCAAGGUCUAGCUGGAAGCCGCGGGCCUGACUCAUGCCCUUGGAGUGGCGGGUGGGCGCGCAGGCGCGGGUUCGAAGCCGGCUCUAGGACCGCGCGGAGCUUCCCCGGGGCCGCCUGAGUCACCGCCCCGCCCUGCCGAGCCGGAUGCGGCCAGAGGCCCCAGAGCAGCCGAGCAGCGGACCCCGCGGACGAGUAGGAAUCUCGAGUCGCGGUCAUGUUCCUGGUGAACUCCUUCUUGAAGGGCGGCGGCGGCGGCGGCGGGGGCGGGGGCGGCGGCCUGGGCAAUGUGCUGGGAGGCCUCCUGAGCGGGGCGGGGGGCGGCGGGGCGGCGGGCGGCGGCGGCGCGGGCCUGGGCAAUGUCCUCGGAGGCCUGAUCGGAAGCGGCGGGGCAGGCGGCGGCGGCAGUGCUGGUGGCGGCGGAACAGCCAUGCGCUUCCUGGGCGGGGUCAUCAACGCCAUCAGUGAGGCGGCUGCACAGUACAACCCGGAGCCCCCUCCCCCACGCACUCACUACUCCAACGUAGAGGCCAAUGAGAGUGAGGAGGUGCGUCAGUUUCGGAAGCUGUUUGCCCAGCUGGCUGGAGACGACAUGGAGGUCAGUGCCACAGAACUCAUGAAUAUUCUCAACAAGAUCGUGACUCGACACCCUGAUCUCAAGACUGACGGUUUUGGCAUUGAUACGUGCCGCAGCAUGGUAGCAGUCAUGGAUAGCGACACCACAGGCAAGCUGGGCUUUGAGGAAUUCAAGUACUUGUGGGGAAACAUCAAAAAGUGGCAGGCCAUAUACAAACAGUUCGAUGCAGACUGUUCAGGAACCAUCAACAGCAGAGAACUCCCAGGAGCCUUUGAGGCAGCAGGAUUCCAUCUGAAUGAGCAUCUCUACAACAUGAUCAUCCGACGCUACUCAGAUGAAGGAGGAAACAUGGAUUUUGACAACUUCAUCAGUUGCCUAGUAAGGCUGGACGCCAUGUUCCGUGCCUUCAAAUCUCUAGACAAAGAUGGCACCGGACAGAUCCAGGUGAACAUACAGGAGUGGCUACAGCUGACUAUGUAUUCCUGAGUGGGAAGCUGGACCUGCCCUUUCAUCGCCUCACGAUUGGGAGUCGCCUUGGACCCUUCAGUCCCCUCUCCCAGGGCUGCACCUGUCUGCAGUUAAUGUCUUCAUGAGUCAUGCUGACCCACAGGCCUUUCUGUUCGCCUGGGCCUUGGCACUGGCUUCUCACUUAACAGCCAGGGCCCAGCAUGCCCUAGUUGCCCCAAGAUACCCAUGACUCUUAAGUCACCCUAACAUGCCCUGUCCAUGGACCACUCCCCUCCCCAUCCCUACACCCACACACAUAUACACACACACAAGCCCAAUUUCACUCCCGAUUCAUAAGUCUCUCUCAUACACCUGUGCCAAACAAACCCAGUGAUUGUUGCUUCCACGCCCCGAAGGCCCUUGCCUCAGUCCUGGAAGGAUCACUGUAGUACCCACACACCCUGGCACACCCUUUCAAAGUCACCAUGCAGGCAGCCAAACUCCAGGCCUUGGCAGGCCUGCAUGCUCCAGUGCCUUUGUCUUUUGCUCCCAGCCUCUGAGGCCCUAGGAGGAAAUAAAUGCACCCCGGCUGCUGCUUUCUCUGA